CCGUGGACCCCGUUUGGCCAUUUCCCCCACCCACCAGUCCACCACCGCUCACGGAACGCCGGCGACGCGAUGGCCUCGCCGGAUCAUCCCAGCGCCAAGCGUAUCGACGCCCCGGCGGCGCCGCCCCCACUUUUGUGCCUCAACGACGACCUCCUCGCGGAGAUCUUCCUCCGCCUGCCCGCCCUCGCCGACGUCGGGCGCGCCGCCACCGCCUGCGCCGCCUUCCGCCGCGUCGUCGCGGACCGCGCCUUCCUCCGCCGCCUGCGCUCCGUCCACGCGUCGCCCGUCCUCGGCCUACUGCUCUUCUCGUCCAUCCACCCCGCGGAGCCGCCCCACUCCAACGCGCCCUUCGCGCGGGCGCUGCAGCGGGCCGCCGACCUCUCCUUCUCCUUCGUCCCCUCCGCCGGCCGCUGGAUCCCGGUCGACUCCCGCGACGGCCGCGUCCUCCUCGAGCGCGAGGCCAUGAGCGGCGACUUCGCGUUGUGCGACCCGUUGUCCCGGCGGUACCUCUUCCUCCCCCAGAUCCCCGGGCGCCCCGCCGCGCAGCGCCGCGGGCGUCUGGAGCCGUUCCUCGUCCCCGCCAGUGACGAGGACUCGGAGACGUCGUUCAGGGUGGUCUGCGUGGUGGAGUGCAAGCCUGGACAGCUGGUCGCCUUCGUCUUCUCGUCGGCCACCGGACAAUGGGAAAGUCUGACCGUGGACGCCGGCUUGCAGCCCUCUUGCAAGUUCUCAUGGUCCUCCUACGCCUGCGGCUGCUUCUACUGGAAGGUGGUGACUGGGAUUAAUAAUUUUCUUGUGCUCGACCCGCGCUCCAUGGAGUUCUCCUCCGUUGACAUCCCGUCUGGUCUCGGCCAGCAGGAUUCUGUCAUUGUGGAGGCAGGGGAAGGCAGCAUUGGAAUGUUCACUCUCUACAACAGCAUUAUUUCUGCUGCAUCUUACCUUGUUUACACUGUUCGGGAUAUCGACGAAGAAGGCAACAGCAUGUGGCAGUUCAAGAGGAGAGUCAGGUUGCCUGCCCAAUAUGUUUUCAGCUUUGCAGAUGCAAUGGAUAGGCACUUACUCCUUCGUGGGAUUCCAUGGAAUUUGCACCUGGGCUCUUCUACUGAUGAGGUUGACAUAGGAUACUUCUCUGUUGAGUUUGAGUCUAUGCAGAUUGAGAAAAUGUGUGACUUGAAGCAUCUUCUAUAUGCCAAACUGUAUACUGGUUUUCCACCAUCAUUGUGUGUACCAAGUAUAUGAAGUGGUAACUGGAUGAGUGCUGGUACAGCCGUGCAGUCAUCGAUGGCUUGUUAUCUGAUGGCCUGAGAAUUUGGAAGAAAGGUUGAGAGUUCUGCAGGAGGUGGCUGCCAUUUUUUCAGACGGGCAUUUUCAGAAGAAUGGGUCACAACAGCUAAUUGCGGAGAACUUGAUUGCUGUCUCACUUGUAUUCAAGCCUGAGCCCCUGACUUGAGCCUGCUGAAGAACUGCCACCACUCGACAUUGAGACAGAACUUUUUUUUUUUUGAAAAGAUCAUCGAGACAAAACUACUUUGUGACAGUUGUAAGCAAGAGAACAGACAAACACAUGUAUUUACGAAAAUGUUACCGUGGCCGCACACAGCAACUUGGUCCCUUUUUUCAGUUUUUGUUGAGCUGCUUGCUCUGUAGAUUUAUAUAUGCAUAUUGGGUUGGGGAGGGGGAGGGUAUGGACAAGAAGUAAAUGAAAGAAGAAAACCAUCCACUAGACGGAGGACUGAUGAAUGGUCAUGCCGGAGGGUACUUAAAAAUGAUGAUCUACUGGAGAAUGGCAAAGAUUCAGAUCUACUAAGUCUUUUUGUUUUUUAAAAAAAAAGGAAGAAUCAAGAAUCAGGUCUACUAUCGUACUGUAGUUCUCUAUUUUUCAUUGAAGUCUGUUAAACUUGUGUAUCUUUAUCUAUCUAUUUCGAGACUGAACUGCCUUGUAAAUUGGCGCCCGCACAAUUUAUAAUCUUGCAGGAUGUAUAAGGUCCUCUGAAGCUGACCGUUUAAUUCUA